AUGGCAGAAACUGCAGUAUCAUUUGUUUUACAAGAACUAGGCCAAUUUGUAAUAAAAGAAACUAGCCAAUAUACAGUAGAAGAAAGAAAUUCAGUAGCAGGGAUUGAAAGAGACUUCAAUGAUAUCAAAGAUGAACUUGAGAGCAUCCAAGCCUUCCUCAAGGAUGCAGACACAAAGGCUGCUGAUGAUGAUGAUGGAUCCAAUGGAGUCAAAACUUGGGUGAAGCAGGUGAGAGAAGCGUCUUUUCGCAUAGAAGAUGUGAUUGAUUACUACAACAUGUUUUUGGCAGAGAGGGCCAGUCAUUCUAUAUUCAGAUCUGCACUCCAAAUGAUUCCUGGUUUGAUCAAAACCAUGAAUCCGCAUCACCAGAUUGCUUCUGAGAUUCAAGACAUCAAGUUAUCACUUGGUAGAAUCAAAGAAAGAAGUACAAGGUUCGAGUUUCUGUCUGAAAAUGAAGCAGGAAGGACUAAAGCUCCUAGAAUUGGUGACCCUCGAAUGGCUCCGUAUUUCAUUGAAGAGACUCAAGUUGUAGGAUUUGAGUCCGCGCGAGAUGAAUUGGUCAGAUGCUUGGUGGAGGAAAACAAUGAGCUCAUGUUGGUUGCUGUGGUUGGCAUGGGAGGACUCGGGAAAACUACUCUCGCAAAGCAUGUUUUUGAUAGCCAGCUAGUGAAAAAGAACUUUGAUUGUAGAUCUUUCAUCACUGUUUCGCAAUCGUACACCAUCAGAGAGCUGUUGACAGAAAUGAUAAAGAAAUUUUGCAAGGACAGCAACGAGCCUAUUCCAAGGGGUCUGCAGAAUAUGGAUGAUGAAACUUUGAUUAAUCAAGUGAGACAAUACCUUGAGUCAAAAAGACAAAGCAUGGGAGCUGUUUUGCAACAAGACGUUUAG